CAAACCUACUCAUCGUUAUAUAGUUUUAAUAUUUACCUCUUUUUAGACUACUAAUAUUUACCUAUUUUGGAAUGGAUUUAACAGCUAGUCAAAUCAUAUUCCUUCUGUCAGAUUAUCAAGAAUUUUUAAAUUUGGAAUUCGUCAAAUUAUUUUCUGGAGAGAAUAAAUUUUAAUUUAAUUCAGGAAUUGCCGCUAAUGAUAUAAUAAAACAAAGAAAAGAAAAUCAGUAAUUAAUAAAAUAAAGAAAAGAAUAUCAGUAAUUAUUUUGAGGUUGGUGUAAAUGACGUGAGGAUAAGAUAGGCUAAACCUAGCCUACAUGUAUCUCAGCCGUUCAAAUUUAUCUGACAUCAAUUUUACGAAGAUCAACGGUGGUAAUUUUCUCUUGAAUACGACAGUAGUGGAUAUUUACCAAAUGAAUUACCCUCCAACUGUUUUUGCCCAAAAAAAAAAAAAAAGAAUUACCCUCCAACUGUUAAAAUAAGAAAAGAAAAUAAAAUAGGAAAUAAUUAACUUUUCUAUGAUAAAAUACUUUCCUUUAUCAUCAAAAUAUUGUAUACAAUUUUAGCAAAAAAAAAAAAAAAAUUGUAUACAAGCCAUAAAGCGGCAUUUUUUCUUCUCGUUCAAAUUUCAAAUUAGAGAAAAAGAAAUCAAAUGUCUAGAACGAUCAGACCUUCGCGAAGGUUCUAUAAUCAUACUAACGCUUUAGCUAUUUAUAUGGAUGCAACAAAUCACAAAACAAGCCCUAAAGCGUUAUUAUUUGUUUCUCUCCUUCAAAUUUUCAAAUCAGAGAAAAACAAAGGUUCAUAUGGCUCCAACAAUCAAAACCAUGGGGGAGUACAAGUCUCACCAAGUCUACUUCAUCGACUUCUUUGGACAGAACCUGGACGUCACUCAAACCGAGACUCCCUCCAUCAUCAGGCGCUGGAUCCGAGACAUCCUCUACCGUCACCGUCGUUCGCGUUGUUCUCACCCUCUCGUCGUUGGAGUCGGCGUCCAGUGGACACCGUCAUGGUACUUCUCACCACCAGCGUACGACCGUGCAGCGGACACUCUCCAGUUAUGCGUGGGAACAUCAGUUCUCAUCGUCCAGCUCUCUUACUGUCAGCGCGUCCCCAACAUCCUUCGACGUUUCCUCACGAAUCCCGACACGACUUUUGUCGGUUUCUGGAACAGCCAAGACGUUAGAAAGCUGGAAAUAACGAGACACCGGUUGGAGAUUGGAGAGCUUCUUGAUGUAAGGAAGUACCUUGCAGAUCAACAAGGUAGGAGUCUGAGGGGUCGUUCGUUUGAGGGGAUUGUUGAGGAAUGUAUGGGGCUUGAAGGAGUGAAGCUAGAUCGGAAGAUAAGCAAGAGUGAUUGGAGUGUUGACUACCUCAGUAAAGAGCAGUUAGUUCAGGUGUCGGUGGAUGCUUAUGUUUCCUUCAAGCUCGGUGUUGAUGCUCGUCUAUGGGAAGUUUAAAGACAUGUAUCAAGAAGAAUAAUAUGUCGUCCUGAAUCUUUAGUCUUUACUCUUUUGUUAGAUUGUUGAAAAAGAAAAAUGUUAUCACUCGUUAAUUUCUUCCAUGAGUAAUAACUAAUAAGAUUAUAAAUAUUAUGAAUAUAUAACUGAAUGUCCUUUAUAUCUCAUUAUUGCAGCGUUUUACACAAGAUGAUUUAAGAAGAUAUUAUAUUAGUACAUGAGAGCAUCUGCCUUUGUGUGAUUUUAGUGAUUGAAACUAAACAUUUGGUGAGAAUUUUUUAGUUUUUGAAAUAUUCACUAAUACAAUUUUAAUAAGAGUCAUUCUUGGAUUCACCCCCUAGGGUGAACCUCUAGGUUCACCAACCAAUAGAAUUUCAUUAUUUCAAAUUCGAUAUCUUUUAAAAAAGGAAACAAAAUAUUCUCAAAUUAUAUUAUGUUUUUAAAAUAAAAAAGUAAAAAAAAUAAUAGUUACAGAAAAAAGAAUUAAA